AUGGAUUCAACGGACUAUGAAUCGAUCAUAUUUAAUUAUAAUGAUGCUAACGUCACUGUCAUCUCCCUUUACAUUCCCAUUGGAUUGGUGGCUUUAAUUGCCAAUACUCUGGUCAUUGCUGUCGUCAUUAAAUUCAAUUACAUGCGAAAUGUAACGAACUAUUUUUUAGUUAAUUUGGCAGUAGCUGAUUUACUUGUAACAAUUUGGUGUAUGCCAAAUAGUGCCCUUUGCGCGCUAACACCGAUGUGGUUAUUCGACAAAUUCUCCUGCAUAGUGAAGAAUUACUUUCAAUGUGUUUGUGUAGCUUGUAGUGUAUUCACUAUCACAAUGAUGGCAGUUGACCGAUAUUUGGCUAUAACUCGUCCAUUCGGAUUUACUCAUUGGCUAACAAAACGGUCCACCAAAAUCGUAAUUGCAGUUAUUUGGAUAUUUUCUGUCGUAAUCUUUUCCCCUUUACUGCUAGUAUCUAAGAUGAAGAUUGAAAUGAUUCCCGUUGCACAAAAUAUAACUAUGAAAUUCUGCAUAGAGCAAUGGUCACAGCUGGAUGGAUACUUAUCGCAAUCUGUUUUCGGCCUAAUUUCGUUUAUUGCGAUGUUUGCAGUACCAGGUGUUAUAAUAUUGUAUGCGUAUUCGAUGAUGGGAAAAACUUUGUGUUCCGUCCGUCCACCUGUUGAUGAUAACGACAGUAUUGGUACUGAACAGUCAUUCAGGUUAAGAAGAGAACGAAAACGAGUAGCAUGGAUUCUCUUAAUGCUGGUAUUGGUUUUCGCCAUCUGCUGGCUGCCGUACAACACUAUGCUCUUGAUCAAGGAUAUUGCAAUCAUUGACAUGGACGUAACUUUAAUGCAAUACAUGCUGUUGCUAGGACACUCGAAUUCUGCACUAAAUCCCAUUAUUUAUUUCACUAUGUCGCGAAAUUUUCGGAAUUCUGUCAUACAGUUCAUGAAAGGAUCACAGAUCGUCAGUGACAAUAGACACAAUGUGGCACAGAAAUACGAUGUUGGAUCUCCAGUCAGAGAUAGACCCAUUCAGAAGACUGUCAGUAAACUGCAAUCCAGUCAGAAGACAACGAAGAUAUGUACAGUUUAAACCGCAAUAAUGUACAGGCCGGCCAGAUGAGAGUAUAAUUUGACGUCAUAGUACUGGGUUUUUUUAAAGAAAUAAUGGUCCGGUAUCGUAAAGAUAAACCUCUGUGAAGAAUUAAGGUAUUUGGUUUUCUUUUGCAACUUC